AUGUCAUCAAUUGAUAAUAGCAAAAGUUUGAAAACAGCUUCAUCAUCAAAAGAAUACAGCGCUCUGAACGAUUUUGUGCAAGUUAGUUUGCAAUGGAGAGAUUUAUUGUGAGUUGAGGGAUUCGGGGAAAAUUGGGGAAUUUUUCAUUAGAAAAUCUAGGUCGGUUCAAAAAAUUUUCAUGGGGUGGAAUCAUGUGUCUAAAUUAUCUAAUUGCAAAUUUUUAAGUGUUGUUGCAAAAAAAGAAAGUCGAGAUUUAUUAAUAAAAGUAAACGGAAUAGCAAAAUCUGGCGAAUUAUUGGCUUUGAUGGGUGCAAGUGGAGCAGGAAAAACAACACUUUUAAAUUAUUUAAUGCAUCGAAAUCUAAAAGGGCUCAAAACUGAAGGAACAAUUACAGUAAAUGGAAAUGAGAUGGGAAAUGCAAUAUCUUUAAUUUCUGGAUUUGCACAACAAGAAGAAUUGUUUAUUCCAACUUUGACUGUAAAAGAACAUCUUUUGAUUCAAGCAAAACUUCGAAUAAAAGCAAAUUCGAAAAUUAGAAAUGAAAGAGUCGAAGAAGUUAUGCAACAAUUGAAAUUGUGGAAAUGUAGAGAUUCGAAAAUUGGAAAAAUUGGACAUGAAAAAGGAAUUUCGGGAGGAGAAGCGAGAAGAUUGACUUUUGCCAGUGAAAUGUUAUCAAAUCCUUCGAUUCUUUUUUGUGAUGAACCAACUUCGGGAUUAGAUUCAUUUAUGGCUGAAAAUGUUGUUGAAAUAUUGAAAGGAAUUGCUAAAACUGGAAGGUUUGUUUGGGAUACUGUAGCGCCUACAGUAUAGGUUGAAAAAUUCUGAUUUUUUCGAAAACAUCGAAUAGAGCUACAGUAAUCCUUGCAAUCCGGGGUACUAGAGUCGGAAAAGUUUGUAAUUUUUUGUUACAAAAUGAGUUGAACUCAAUUUUUAGGAACUAAACUUGGCUACAGUAAACCUUGCAGUUCGAAUUACUGUUGGAGGUGAAAUUUGUCAUUUUAAAACUUCCUGAAUAAUUUUGUGAGUAGAAAAUAAUUGACAUUUCCGAAUUUCACCUGGAAAAAUUCAGUGAACAAUCAAAGGCAAGAUUUUUAGCCAAAUUUUUGAAAUUAUGCCUAGAGAAUCCAGAUCUGAAAUCUUGUGCAAAAACACUGAACCUUCACAUUAUUUUUAAGUUUUUCCAGUAGGAAAAUACGAGUCUGAAAAUAAAAAAUGUAUUUUUUAACCACAAAUUAUCUUUGCAGAACAAUAAUUUGCACAAUCCAUCAACCAUCUUCUCAACUUUAUCAAAUGUUUGAUCGUGUUAUUUAUCUCGCAGCCGGAAGAACUGCAUUUUAUGGAAGUCCACAAGAAUCAAUUGAGUUUUUCGAGAAUUGCGGUCAUAAAAUUCCAGAUGAAUAUAAUCCAAGUGAAUGGAUUAUUUAUAAAUUAGCAGUUCAACCAGGAGAUGAAUUGGCUUCGAAUGCUAGAAUUUCCGAAAUUAUUUCGGGUUUGUUUUGGAUUGAAUCUGACUCGGGGACCUGUGCCUUUACAGUAAUUCUUGCAGUUCGGAUUACUGUAGGUGUACAAUUUUGUGAUUUAAAAAAAUUUAAUAUUGCUACAGUAAUCUUUGCAGUUUGGAUUACUGUGGCAAAAAAUUGUGAUUUUUUCAAAGCCAGAUGUUUUUGGACACAGAUUACGGCUACAGUAAUCCUUGCAGUUUGAAGUACUGUAGUCGUAGAUAUUUCUUGAGAUAUUCAAAAAUUGCUCAUUUUAUAUUUUGUCGAGAAGAUCAAAAAAUCAAAAAUCUCAUUUGAGAAUUAAUUUUUGACAAUUUGAAUUUGAUUGUGAUCGAAAUCUGAAACUUUUGAAAAUUGAGCCAAAUCAAUAUAACCUGACCCGAUUUCGAUUUCUCAAAUUCGAUUCCAAAACUCUUCAAAUUUGCAGCCUUCGACAAAAGUGAAUAUAAUCAAAAAAUGAUUGGUCAACUAGGAAUAAAUGCUGAUAAAACACCACCGCCUUUCAUUCAAAAAGCCAAUAUUUUCAUCCAAUUUGGUGCUUUAUUAAAAAGAUGUGCUUUGGAUGUUUGGAGAUGUCCACAAUUGGCAAUUGCUAAAGUUAUACAAAAAUUGGUUUUCGGAUUUUUCCUGGCUGCACUGUAUUUUCGAACUGAAUAUGAUACGAAAGGAGUUCAGAAUAUUAAUGGAGCCUUGUUUUUUAUUGGUGCUGAAUUGUUUUUUUCGACGAGUUUUGGUGGGUUGGUUUUGGAAAUGAAAAUGGGUGAAAAUUUGAAUUUUUUCAUUUUUUGAAGGAAAAAUAUAGCUGAACUGCUGGAAACAUGAAAUGUUUUAAAGCAAAAAAUUUUGGAAAUUUUUUAAGCUAAUUAAUUUCUGAGCGAAAAAAGUUACAUAAACGUAAAGUCCAAAAAUUUUCCAAGUGUUUUCCGCUGAAAAUUAAUCUUAGAAAAUUUUUGAGAAUUAUGAAAACAGAAAUUUUUCGCCCUAGAAAAUAUACGUUUCAAAAUUUUUAUUAGAAAAAUUUCCAAAACUGGAAAAUGUUUCUUUGAGAAAAAAUGUGUAUCUACUCCAAAUUUUCAGCAAUAAUCAACUUCACAAACAGCGAAUUCCCUCUAAUCGCUCGCGAAAUUCACGACGGCCUCUACAAUGCAUCUUCAUAUUUUGUUGCUCGAUGCGUUUCUCUUGUUCCACUUUUCACAUUUGACAGUAUUCUUUUCAUUUAUCUCGUUUAUUGGUUUAUUGGAUUCAAUUCGAGUUUUCAACAAGUUUUAUAUGCUUCGAUUCUUACUUUGGUUACAAGUCAAGCCGCUUCUGCAACAGGAAUCACUAUGUCAUGUAUUUGUCCCACUCCAACUGUGAGUGAAAAUAUUCAAUGAACACAACGGGUUUGUUGAUUUCAGAUGACAGCUGUAGUUGCGAGUCCAAUAAUGGUUCUCGUUCGUGUUUUCAGUGGUCUUUAUGGAAAUCUCUCAACAUUUCCACCAUUUAUCAGAUGGAUUCGUCAUAUUAGUCCACUACGGUUGGUUUUUUUCCUUGGAACAGGGUAGAAGUUGUUGAGAAAUAUAAUAUGAGCAAUUAUUAGGUUUUUUAAAAUUUUAGUCAAACAUGAGCAAUCCCAAAAAUUCAAAAUUAUAUGACAACUGUUCUAUUGUCCGAAUAUGAGUUAGUUAUGACGUGGCAAAGAUUGUAUACUUUUCUGAUGCGUGAAUAUUCAUGACAUUCCUAAAUUUUCAAAAUUUGCCACGUCAUAACUAACUCAUAUUCAGACAAUAGAACAGUUUUUAUAAAAUUUUAGGGAUUUCUCAUGUUAGUGAAUUACUCAUGUUAUAUUACAGAGUUCACUAGGAUUUUGGGUCCUUCAGAAUUAGGAACUAAUAGAAAAACUUUAUCAAAACCUCAAAGAGAAAUUCCCCAUAAAAUCUUAUUUUCAGCUAUGUUUGUGAAGGAUUUCUUGUAAAUCAAUGGUCUUCAAUCGAUGAUUUUCAUCCAGAAUUAAAAAAUAAUUAUACGGAUGCGAUUCGUGAUGAAAUCCUCAAUUAUUAUGCAUUCUCAUCUGAUAAUAUCUAUCUCGAUAUUUAUGGAUUAGUUAUUUAUACAUUAGUAGUGCUUCUCAUUGGAUUCAUCGCAUUUUUGAUAAGAGUAAAACGUGCCAGAUGA